CCUCUCUCUCUCUCUCUCUCUUUCUCUCUCCAUAUCUCCCUAUAUCAUCAUUCAAUUCUUCACCUUCUUCCUCAAUAUGCCCAUUUGGCGGUUCCACAUAUCUCUCUCCUCUACCCAUUUCUCGUAAUUGAACCAAACCCAUUUCAAUUCACCCCCAUCUCUCCUUAAAGCUCCAAUCUUUCUCCACUUUGAUCCCCAUUUGACCCUUUCCCCAAUUUGACCCCAUUUAUCAAAUUGGGGUUUCUUCUUUUAUGUCAGGGGCAAAGCCGGCCGCGGACCAUGUCGGCUUUCCCACCUCCGGCGCCGACCCCGUCAAGAAAUCCCCCCAGCCCAUCACCAUGGAUCACGUCCUUCUAGCUCUCCGCGAGACCAAGGAGGAGAGGGAGCUCAGGAUUCGGAGCCUGUUCAAUUUCUUCGACGCUGCCAAUUCGGGUUACUUGGACUACGCUCAGAUCGAGGCGGGUCUCUCGGCGCUUCAGAUUCCGGGGGAGUAUAAGUAUGCUAAGGAUCUGUUGAAGGUUUGUGAUGCUGAUAGGGAUGGGAGAGUCAAUUACCACGAGUUUAGGCAGUAUAUGGAUGACAAGGAGCUCGAGCUCUACCGCAUUUUCCAGGCCAUUGAUGUCGAGCACAAUGGCUGCAUUCUCCCUGAGGAGCUCUGGGAGGCCCUCGUCAAGGCCGGGAUUGAAAUGGAUGAUGAGGAGCUUGCUCAUUUUGUGGAGCAUGUUGACAAGGAUAACAAUGGGAUUAUAACUUUUGAGGAAUGGAGGGAUUUUCUGCUGCUUUAUCCGCAUGAAGCAACAAUUGAGAACAUAUAUCAUCACUGGGAAAGAGUAUGCCUCGUGGACAUUGGGGAACAGGCUGUUAUUCCAGAAGGCAUCAGUAAGCAUGUUCACAGGAGUAGAUAUUUUAUUGCAGGGGCUAUAGCAGGAGCUGCUUCUCGUACUGCUACUGCUCCUCUUGAUCGGUUGAAGGUGGUUUUGCAAGUUCAGACAUCACGUGCAUCUGUUGUGCCGGCUAUAAGGAAGAUAUUCAAGGAAGAUGGUUUUUUGGGGUUUUUCCGGGGUAAUGGAAUAAAUGUUGUGAAGGUGGCACCUGAAAGUGCCAUCAAGUUUUAUACUUAUGAACUGUUAAAAAAUGUCAUUGGAGAAACUAUGGGGGAGAACAAGGAUGAUAUUGGUACUGCGGGUAGGCUUUUGGCUGGUGGUAUGGCAGGAGCAGUGGCACAAACCGUUAUAUAUCCACUGGAUCUUGUGAAAACUCGGUUACAGACCUGUGUGUCAGAAGCUGGAAAGGGUCCUAAAUUGGGGAUACUGACCAAGGAAAUUUUGACUCAUGAGGGUCCUCGGGCCUUCUAUAAAGGACUAUUACCAUCUCUUCUUGGGAUUGUCCCCUAUGCUGGGAUUGACCUAGCUGCCUAUGAAACCUUAAAAGACAUGUCAAAGACCUAUUUUCUUCAUGAUAAUAGUGAUCCUGGUCCUCUCAUCCAAUUGGGCUGUGGGACAGUCUCAGGAGCUCUUGGAGCAACAUGUGUUUACCCUUUGCAGGUUAUUCGCACCAGAAUGCAAGCUCAACGUUCUAACACAGGAGAAGCUUAUAGAGGAAUAUCUGAUGUAUUCUGGAGAACACUGCAGCGUGAAGGAUACAGAGGUUUCUACAAGGGGUUGUUUCCAAAUCUUCUCAAAGUUGUGCCAGCUGCAAGCAUUACAUAUAUGGUAUAUGAAGCCAUGAAGAAGAAACUAGAUCUAUAGCGGAUGCGGUAGUCAUACCUGAUGGUAACUACACAGGUCUUGUAGUUAGAAAUUGCAUUUGUGUUGAUGAUGAUGAAAAUAAGUAUGAGAUAACUGAUUGUGGGACUACACGAUCUUGUAGUCAGACUUGCUGGUAAACUACUCAGGUACUGUAGUUAGAAAUUGCUUUCUUGGUGAUGAUGAUGAUAAGGCAAAAUGAGUUACUAAUUAAGUAGAUAUAUGGUUGUCAUAUGACAGAGGUAUCCCCCUUCAGGAAUGGGGCACAGAUUUUCAAUUUUGUAGCUUGGAAGGUUUAUUCCUCGGAUCUUAUAAAAUUUUAAUGUUGAGAAACAUAGUUACGG